AUGUCCGGUGCCCAUAGGGGUAUCUGGGAAUUUCUAAUGAGACUAUAUGGAUCUGGAGGCAUACCUCGACUUCUGACUGGGGGGGGGGGGGGGGGGGGGGGGGGGGGGGGGGGGGGGGGGGGGGGGGGGGGGGGGGGGGGGGGGGGGGGGGGGGGGGGGGGGGGGGGGGGGGGGGGGGGGGGGGGGGGGGGGGGGGGGGGGGGGGGGGGGGGGGGGGGGGGGGGGGGGGGGGGGGGGGGGGGGGGGGGGGGGGGGGGGGGGGGGGGGGGGGGGGGGGGGGGGGGGGGGGGGGGGGGGGGGGGGGGGGGGGGGGGGGGGGGGGGGGGGGGGGGGGGGGGGGGGGGGGGGGGGGGGGGGGGGGGGGGGGGGGGGGGGGGGGGGGGGGGGGGGGGGGGGGGGGGGGGGGGGGGGGGGGGGGGGGGGGGGGGGGGGGGGGGGGGGGGGGGGGGGGGGGGGGGGGGGGGGGGGGGGGGGGGGGGGGGGGGGGGGGGGGGGGGGGGGGGGGGGGGGGGGGGGGGGGGGGGGGGGGGGGGGGGGGGGGGGGGGGGGGGGGGGGGGGGGGGGGGGGGGGGGGGGGGGGGGGGGGGGGGGGGGGGGGGGGGGGGGGGGGGGGGGGGGGGGGGGGGGGGGGGGGGGGGGGGGGGGGGGGGGGGGGGGGGGGGGGGGGGGGGGGGGGGGGGGGGGGGGGGGGGGGGGGGGGGGGGGGGGGGGGGGGGGGGGGGGGGGGGGGGGGGGGGGGGGGGGGGGGGGGGGGGGGGGGGGGGGGGGGGGGGGGGGGGGGGGGGGGGGGGGGGGGGGGGGGGGGGGGGGGGGGGGGGGGGGGGGGGGGGGGGGGGGGGGGGGGGGGGGGGGGGGGGGGGGGGGGGGGGGGGGGGGGGGGGGGGGGGGGGGGGGGGGGGGGGGGGGGGGGGGGGGGGGGGGGGGGGGGGGGGGGGGGGGGGGGGGGGGGGGGGGGGGGGGGGGGGGGGGGGGGGGGGGGGGGGGGGGGGGGGGGGGGGGGGGGGGGGGGGGGGGGGGGGGGGGGGGGGGGGGGGGGGGGGGGGGGGGGGGGGGGGGGGGGGGGGGGGGGGGGGGGGGGGGGGGGGGGGGGGGGGGGGGGGGGGGGGGGGGGGGGGGGGGGGGGGGGGGGGGGGGGGGGGGGGGGGGGGGGGGGGGGGGGGGGGGGGGGGGGGGGGGGGGGGGGGGGGGGGGGGGGGGGGGGGGGGGGGGGGGGGGGGGGGGGGGGGGGGGGGGGGGGGGGGGGGGGGGGGGGGGGGGGGGGGGGGGGGGGGGGGGGGGGGGGGGGGGGGGGGGGGGGGGGGGGGGGGGGGGGGGGGGGGGGGGGGGGGGGGGGGGGGGGGGGGGGGGGGGGGGGGGGGGGGGGGGGGGGGGGGGGGGGGGGGGGGGGGGGGGGGGGGGGGGGGGGGGGGGGGGGGGGGGGGGGGGGGGGGGGGGGGGGGGGGGGGGGGGGGGGGGGGGGGGGGGGGGGGGGGGGGGGGGGGGGGGGGGGGGGGGGGGGGGGGGGGGGGGGGGGGGGGGGGGGGGGGGGGGGGGGGGGGGGGGGGGGGGGGGGGGGGGGGGGGGGGGGGGGGGGGGGGGGGGGGGGGGGGGGGGGGGGGGGGGGGGGGGGGGGGGGGGGGGGGGGGGGGGGGGGGGGGGGGGGGGGGGGGGGGGGGGGGGGGGGGGGGGGGGGGGGGGGGGGGGGGGGGGGGGGGGGGGGGGGGGGGGGGGGGGGGGGGGGGGGGGGGGGGGGGGGGGGGGGGGGGGGGGGGGGGGGGGGGGGGGGGGGGGGGGGGGGGGGGGGGGGGGGGGGGGGGGGGGGGGGGGGGGGGGGGGGGGGGGGGGGGGGGGGGGGGGGGGGGGGGGGGGGGGGGGGGGGGGGGGGGGGGGGGGGGGGGGGGGGGGGGGGGGGGGGGGGGGGGGGGGGGGGGGGGGGGGGGGGGGGGGGGGGGGGGGGGGGGGGGGGGGGGGGGGGGGGGGGGGGGGGGGGGGGGGGGGGGGGGGGGGGGGGGGGGGGGGGGGGGGGGGGGGGGGGGGGGGGGGGGGGGGGGGGGGGGGGGGGGGGGGGGGGGGGGGGGGGGGGGGGGGGGGGGGGGGGGGGGGGGGGGGGGGGGGGGGGGGGGGGGGGGGGGGGGGGGGGGGGGGGGGGGGGGGGGGGGGGGGGGGGGGGGGGGGGGGGGGGGGGGGGGGGGGGGGGGGGGGGGGGGGGGGGGGGGGGGGGGGGGGGGGGGGGGGGGGGGGGGGGGGGGGGGGGGGGGGGGGGGGGGGGGGGGGGGGGGGGGGGGGGGGGGGGGGGGGGGGGGGGGGGGGGGGGGGGGGGGGGGGGGGGGGGGGGGGGGGGGGGGGGGGGGGGGGGGGGGGGGGGGGGGGGGGGGGGGGGGGGGGGGGGGGGGGGGGGGGGGGGGGGGGGGGGGGGGGGGGGGGGGGGGGGGGGGGGGGGGGGGGGGGGGGGGGGGGGGGGGGGGGGGGGGGGGGGGGGGGGGGGGGGGGGGGGGGGGGGGGGGGGGGGGGGGGGGGGGGGGGGGGGGGGGGGGGGGGGGGGGGGGGGGGGGGGGGGGGGGGGGGGGGGGGGGGGGGGGGGGGGGGGGGGGGGGGGGGGGGGGGGGGGGGGGGGGGGGGGGGGGGGGGGGGGGGGGGGGGGGGGGGGGGGGGGGGGGGGGGGGGGGGGGGGGGGGGGGGGGGGGGGGGGGGGGGGGGGGGGGGGGGGGGGGGGGGGGGGGGGGGGGGGGGGGGGGGGGGGGGGGGGGGGGGGGGGGGGGGGGGGGGGGGGGGGGGGGGGGGGGGGGGGGGGGGGGGGGGGGGGGGGGGGGGGGGGGGGGGGGGGGGGGGGGGGGGGGGGGGGGGGGGGGGGGGGGGGGGGGGGGGGGGGGGGGGGGGGGGGGGGGGGGGGGGGGGGGGGGGGGGGGGGGGGGGGGGGGGGGGGGGGGGGGGGGGGGGGGGGGGGGGGGGGGGGGGGGGGGGGGGGGGGGGGGGGGGGGGGGGGGGGGGGGGGGGGGGGGGGGGGGGGGGGGGGGGGGGGGGGGGGGGGGGGGGGGGGGGGGGGGGGGGGGGGGGGGGGGGGGGGGGGGGGGGGGGGGGGGGGGGGGGGGGGGGGGGGGGGGGGGGGGGGGGGGGGGGGGGGGGGGGGGGGGGGGGGGGGGGGGGGGGGGGGGGGGGGGGGGGGGGGGGGGGGGGGGGGGGGGGGGGGGGGGGGGGGGGGGGGGGGGGGGGGGGGGGGGGGGGGGGGGGGGGGGGGGGGGGGGGGGGGGGGGGGGGGGGGGGGGGGGGGGGGGGGGGGGGGGGGGGGGGGGGGGGGGGGGGGGGGGGGGGGGGGGGGGGGGGGGGGGGGGGGGGGGGGGGGGGGGGGGGGGGGGGGGGGGGGGGGGGGGGGGGGGGGGGGGGGGGGGGGGGGGGGGGGGGGGGGGGGGGGGGGGGGGGGGGGGGGGGGGGGGGGGGGGGGGGGGGGGGGGGGGGGGGGGGGGGGGGGGGGGGGGGGGGGGGGGGGGGGGGGGGGGGGGGGGGGGGGGGGGGGGGGGGGGGGGGGGGGGGGGGGGGGGGGGGGGGGGGGGGGGGGGGGGGGGGGGGGGGGGGGGGGGGGGGGGGGGGGGGGGGGGGGGGGGGGGGGGGGGGGGGGGGGGGGGGGGGGGGGGGGGGGGGGGGGGGGGGGGGGGGGGGGGGGGGGGGGGGGGGGGGGGGGGGGGGGGGGGGGGGGGGGGGGGGGGGGGGGGGGGGGGGGGGGGGGGGGGGGGGGGGGGGGGGGGGGGGGGGGGGGGGGGGGGGGGGGGGGGGGGGGGGGGGGGGGGGGGGGGGGGGGGGGGGGGGGGGGGGGGGGGGGGGGGGGGGGGGGGGGGGGGGGGGGGGGGGGGGGGGGGGGGGGGGGGGGGGGGGGGGGGGGGGGGGGGGGGGGGGGGGGGGGGGGGGGGGGGGGGGGGGGGGGGGGGGGGGGGGGGGGGGGGGGGGGGGGGGGGGGGGGGGGGGGGGGGGGGGGGGGGGGGGGGGGGGGGGGGGGGGGGGGGGGGGGGGGGGGGGGGGGGGGGGGGGGGGGGGGGGGGGGGGGGGGGGGGGGGGGGGGGGGGGGGGGGGGGGGGGGGGGGGGGGGGGGGGGGGGGGGGGGGGGGGGGGGGGGGGGGGGGGGGGGGGGGGGGGGGGGGGGGGGGGGGGGGGGGGGGGGGGGGGGGGGGGGGGGGGGGGGGGGGGGGGGGGGGGGGGGGGGGGGGGGGGGGGGGGGGGGGGGGGGGGGGGGGGGGGGGGGGGGGGGGGGGGGGGGGGGGGGGGGGGGGGGGGGGGGGGGGGGGGGGGGGGGGGGGGGGGGGGGGGGGGGGGGGGGGGGGGGGGGGGGGGGGGGGGGGGGGGGGGGGGGGGGGGGGGGGGGGGGGGGGGGGGGGGGGGGGGGGGGGGGGGGGGGGGGGGGGGGGGGGGGGGGGGGGGGGGGGGGGGGGGGGGGGGGGGGGGGGGGGGGGGGGGGGGGGGGGUGGGGGGGGGGGGGGGGGGGGGGGGGGGGGGGGGGGGGGGGGGGGGGGGGGGGGGGGGGGGGGGGGGGGGGGGGGGGGGGGGGGGGGGGGGGGGGGGGGGGGCUUUCUUUGUGUUCAGUACCUAGGCCGGCUACGGUACCCACUUUAG